AUGGAGUCUACAUAUACUCUUGCAGGGCCCCAGAUGAAUACCAGGUUUUCCUCAAGCAGGAUGGUGCCUUUCUAUUUUCCUCCAUCAAAAUGUGCACUUUGGAACCCAGUGCCAAUUGGAGAUUUCAUCUACUUACAUCUCCGUUACUACAGAAAUCCAAAGCUUGUGGUAACUGAAAAGACCAUCCGACUUGCUUGUCGUCAUGCUAAGCAGAAUAAAAACAACUUGUCAUGCUUUUUACUUGGUUCUUUCACAGUAGAUGAAGAUGAAGAAAGUGUAACAUUGACAAUAGAUCGUUUUGAUCCUGGUCGAGAGGUACCUGAAUUAUUGGAAAGAGUCCCUACUGCUUCUCUUCCUGGGGACUUUGUAAUCCCAUGCAAAAUUCAUACUCAAGGACUUUGUUCAAGAGAAAUAAUAAUUCACAAUGCAGAUGACUUUCAUUCAGCUUUCAAGGCUCUGCAGCAUCAUAUGUGUAGCAAAGAGUCCUUGGACUGUGGAAAACUACUUGCCCUGAGAGCUCAUAUCACUUCCAGGGAGAGUUUGGACACUGUGGAGUUCGACUUGGAUUGGACAGCAGUAACUCUAGCAAACACCUUUAAGUGCACACCUGUGAAACCCAUCACCAUCAUUCCAACAGCUCUAGCAAGGAAUUUGAGCAGUAAUCCAAAUAUUUCUCAAGUUCAAGGUACCUAUAAAUAUGGAUAUCUCACCAUGGAUGAGACACGCAAGCUAUUACUUUUGCUGGAAUCUGAUCCCAAGGUCUGUUCUCUACCAUUAGUGGGAAUCUGGCUGUCUGGAAUUAUACAUAUCUAUAGUCCUCAGGUGUGGGCCUGCUGCUUGCGAUACAUGUUCAGUUCUUCUAUUCAAGAAAGGGUUUUUUCCGAAUCUGGAAAUUUCAUCAUAGUUCUCUAUUCUGUGACACAUAAGGACCCUGAAUUUUAUGAAUGCCUCCCUUGUGAUGGCAGGGUACCUGACCUUCGAUUCCAGCUACUAACCAGCAAGGAAACAUUACGCCUUUUCAAAAAUGUUGAACCUUCUGACAAAAAUCCAGUCUGUUUUGAACUGAGUGCUGAAGACCACAAUGCAGAAAGAGAGUUUUUUAACAAAGUUUCUAAGAAUCUUUCAAUUAAGAGCUCUUCCCAGAAGUUACCUCCAGGGAAAAUGCCAACGAAUGAUCAUGACUCUGGCGUUGAAGAUGAAGAUGUUUCUCCAAGACCAAUUCCUAGUCCUCAUCCAGUGAGUCAGAAGGUUUCUAAGAUCCAGCCAUCAGUUCCUGAACUUUCACUUGUGUUGGAUGGAAACUCCGUAGAACCAAUCCCUGUGCCUAACCCAUUGGAAAUGGUGAAUAAUGAAAAUCCUCCUUUGUUGAUUAACCAUUCUGAGCACCUUGAGCAGUCACAACCCCAGCUUUGUGAUGAGAAACACAGACCAGAAGCAGAAGCUGGAGAGCCUUCCUUCAGAGGGCUACCAAAUCAAUUAAACCAAGACACUGCUCCUUUGAGACACUGCAAAGUAAGACAGCUGUCUACCUGUAAGAAAGGGAACUCUCAUAUCAGGAACAGUAGUAAGCCCUCUUUUAAUGGACUAUCUUCAGAUACAUCUGAAAAGCUUCAAACAGUUUCUGCUGCAAAUGUACACAAAGAAGAGUAUCCUGUAAGAUCCUCCACGUUUAAUUCCAAGCCUUCUUCUCUUGCCCCACAGUCCCACCCACACAAUUUUGUUUUUUCACCCCAUAAUUCAGGAAGACCAAUGGAAUUUCAAAUACCUACUCCCCCGCCACCAUCUUACUAUUCCACAAAUGUUUGCAGUUGUUGUCAGCAUCAUGGCCAUAUUCAGUAUAGUCCAAUAAAUUCUUGGCAAGGGAUGAAUACAGUAGGAUCUGUUCAAGACUUCAAGUCUGAAACCCUUCAAAAGCAUUCAUUAUUUCAUCCAAGUGGAUGUCCAGCUCAGUACCAUAAUGCAUUCUUUUCUUCAAGUAGUCCUAUAGCCUUGAGACCUCAGGGAAGCAUGGGGGGUUGUUCUUCCCACAGCAAUGCAGAACCAUCACCUGUGGCAAGACUACCUCCACACAUGGACUCCUGUAACCCAUGGCCUUGUGCAGUGUGUGUGCACACACCCAAGACUGGGUCAGAUGAUGGAAUGAUGGGACUGUCUCCAGAUGCGUAUAGGUUCAUCACAGAGCAAGACAGACAGCUUCGACUGCUUCAAGCACAGAUUCAGCGUUUGUUAGAAGCACAGUCUCUGCAGCCCUGUUCCCCUAAGACAACCACUGUUGAAGACACAACGCAAGCUGCAAGACAAAUGGAGUUGGUUUCCAUGGAAGCACAGCCUCCCCCUGCUUUGCACAUGAGAAAAAGUGUAAGCAUUGCUGUGAGCACAGGUGCCAGCUUGUUUUGGAAUGCAGCAGGUGACGAUCAAGAGCCUGAAUCUCAGCUGAGGCAAGAUGAUACCAAGAUUUCCAGUGAGGACAUGAAUUUUUCUGUUGAUAUUAAUAAUGAAGUCACAAGUACUCCAGGUAGUGCAUCUUCAUUAAAAGCUGUUGAUAUUCCCAGUUUUGAAGAGAGUAAUGUUGCUGUGGAAGAAGAAUUUAAUCAGCAACUUUGUAUAUCCAAAUCUUCUCCACUUGAGAGAAAAGAACCUGAUGUACCUGUAUUCUUUCCGAAUCCCCUGCAAGCAGAAUGUGUAAGCAUGUGCUUCCAGAGUGGACCAACAGAGGGUGCCACUAAUAUCUCUGGAAUAUCAGGGGAACCCAAAACUGAGCAAGUAAUGCAACCCUUGCCUCAUCAACCAUCAGAUAACCAGCAACUAUUCCAGGAUGUGUUGAGUCAAGGGAACCACCGAUUAAAUAACUCCCCCAAAGUAACUGAGGAGCCAUCUACCAAAGCAGUAAUUAUCAGUCAUGAGUGCACCAAAAACCAGAAUGUUUACCAUAGUAAGAAAAAGAAACAUGAUUCAGGAUCGGUGGACAAAGAAUGUGUUCUUAAUGCAACUCUUAAGCAACUUAGAAGCUUUGGAGUAAAAAUUGAUUCUCCAACUAAAGUGAAGAAAAAUGCACAUAAAGUGGAUCAUGCCAGUGUGUUGGCAUGCAUCAGCCCUGAAGCAGUGAUCUCUGGAUUAAACUACAUGUCAUUUGCUAAUGUUGGCAUGAGUGGCUUAAGCCCCAGUGGUGUGGAUUUGAGCAUGGAAGCAAAUGCUAUAGCUUUGAAAUAUUUAAAUGAAAAUCAGCUGUCACAACUGUCUCUCACACGAUCAAGCCAAAAUAAUGGUGAUUCACCUUUUAGCCUUCUACAUAUUAAUACAGACAGAAGCACAGUGGGGCUUAGUUUAAUUUCGCCAAACAACAUGUCAUUUGCAACCAAAAAAUACAUGAAGAGAUACGGACUCAUACAAAGCAGCGACAAUAGUGAAGAUGAAGAGGAGCCUCCAGACAAUACGGAUGGCAAGAGUGAACAUUUAGUGAAUCAAAACCUUACAUACAUAGCUGAACAACUUGAUUGUCAGAAAGAGCCUUCCAGGAAUGCUGGUGAGAUAACUAAUUGUUAUAACUGUGACUCCGUGGGUACCCACACAGAUAUGCCAGUAUUGAGAAACAUUACAAAUGAAGUUGUUCAUCCAAAAGCAACACAGGAGUUGAAUGAAAACCCUGCUUUCUUAUUAAAGAACCUUAAACCAAGCCCUGCAGUACAUCUCCGAACUGGAAAAGCAGAAUUUACCCAGCAUCCUGAGAAAGAAAACGUAAGGGACACUCCAAUUUUUACUGAAAGUUUGAAACCUUCUGAAACCUUAAAGCAAAUGAAUAGUAUGAAUUCAGUAGGCACCUUCUUAGAUGUAAAGCGUCUCAGGCAGUUGCCAAAAUUAUUUUAA